AUGCCAUUUCCAGUACCAAAUGCGCAACAGCUUAAUCAAAUUGUUUGGACAAUGUUAGGCACUGCUACUAAGGAAACAAUUUAUUGCGUAUCUGAAGCACCUGUAUCACAGUUACGUUUUGUUUGUGUUGAUUGUUAUCAGAAGAAUAUCACAGAUAUGGUUAAUGUUUUAAGCAGUGCGCAAGAUCUUACACGCAGCGCUGGAUUUCCUACUGUAGCAUUGCGUGGUAUAGCAGUAAACACAAACUGGACAGGUGCGACAAUAAUGUGUCAAGCAGCAGUGAAUGGUGGUACCAUCGAUUCAGCACCAGCUAUAAUUGAUGUACGAUACUUGAAACAACCACAUGUAGUGGAUACAUCUGGUCAAGGACCAAUACUAAUUGCUAGUCAAGGUUAUCGAUUUUACGUGGAAUGUAUACGUGCAAGUGAUGGAUUAUGUCAACAAACUGGUCGACGGAAAACGUUACGUUGUGCGGUGCAAUCCCAUCCGCCGGCUACAGUAUUCAAGUGGCUUAAGAAUGGCGUUGUUGUCAGUGGUAAUGGUGCCGAUAUUACAAUUGGUACCGAAAUGAUUGGUCAUUCAAUUCAGUGUUCUGCUAAUAAUGGUCUUUUUUCGGACGGUGAAAUGCCCAUUUCACAAGCCGUGCAAAUUGAUCCGUAUACAGCAGCUCGAUUGGUGCAGGAUAAUUUUCAAACGAUGCAAAAUGCAGCACCAUUUCAAACUGGCAAUCGUAUUGAUAUGAAUCAGCAGAUUAACUUAGGAUGCCAAGUGGAGGGUAAUCCACGCCCGGUUGUUUUCUGGAAAUUGAGGAAAUCAAAUGGUCAAGUAGUUGAUGCAGCAUGUCCACAGGGUUUUGAAGGACAGUAUCAAGAAGUACCCUUAGAACAACGCAGUCAAGUUACAUACGCUGCCAAUAUUCGUCUCAAUGCAAUUUGCUCAUUACGGAUAGCAAAUUACACAUUUUCGGGACAAUAUUGGUGUGCUGCAUGUUCAUUUGUGUCACAAGGUGCUCCGGAAUGUUCACCAUCACUUGAUUCGCCUGGUACUACCUACUUAAAUGUACAGGUGCAGGGACCACCAACUCAAUCGGAUAGCUUACCAUCCGUUCAAAAGCUUCCUAGCUCAGACAGUGCGGUUGUUGUGGUUCACUAUUGUGCAGAACCGUUACCUAAGCUACCGCGUGAUGUCGUCUUUUCGGUCGAUCAAAAUGAGCUACAAAUUGGACAAACAUGGCAAAAUUUCCGAUUCGAAAGUACCACGCAAAAUAACACCGUACCAAAUUGUCAUCUAGCAAAAUUACUCAUUUCACCGGUUUCUGAUUCAGAUACCAUUCGACAAGUGGUUCUAAAAGUUCAAAAUACAUAUGGCAGUAAGCAUAUAAUGGUACCACUGGGUGCUUUAUUCGGUGGUCAAUCAGCUACUAUGAGUUCAUUUCCAAGCUGGCUUACGGCGUUAUUAAUGAUGAUAAUUUUCGGUGUAUUGCUAUCACUACUAAUGAUGUUUUGUAUCAAAAAGAAUUUAUUCUGUUUUAGAAAAGUGAAGCCGACAAUAAAUUCUUAUGACGACAAAAGGAAAAAAGCGAACAUGCGUGAGACGUACCGGGAAGAUGGUCCUCGGUCACUGUACCAGGCAUCCGGGCAACCAGCCGAGUGUCCGCUAGAUUAUGAGUCCGCCGUGCAAGCAGCCUAUUGUGAUUCUCGAAUGUCCUCUGUUUAA